AUGACUCCGAUUCAGUCACUCAUCAAGCCAGCCGAGAUCGUCAGCACCGGAAGCGAACGCGGCGAACUCUACGACCGAUGCUCCCUGGAGGAACUUCAGUCGUUCGUCAAGGUACGAGGCGGCAAAGAUGUAAAGAUGCCGACAACUUACGAAGGUGCUGGCGACUGGCUUCUUGCAAAAGAUCAGCAUGACACCUUUCGCUACCUGGAUCUUCCUCCCGAGCUAAGGUUGAUCGUCAACGAAGAGCUGCUCGCAUACGAUCCAAAACGUCCGUCGAAGAUUCUCCAUUCGCAGCUUCUCAGCACAUCGAAGCAGAUCAACAACGAGUGCUCGGAUAUUCUCCAGAAGACCAUUGCCGAGGGCGGUAUCCACAUCAUCCGCAUCCGCACCAACGAGUCGGACACCCCUUACUGCUAUGCCACAUGCUACACAAGUGAGCGUUGUGCGAAAUGCAGGCACGUCAUAAGCUCGACUACCAUUCAGUUCCGCAAUGCUGCUCCAAUUCAGCUUCAGGACAUCGGACUGCUCCACAACGACUUGACAGCGAUGCCGCCAAUCGCUGAGUCCGUCACCCGUAUGACGAUCGAUAUCGUCUUCGAGGGUCCAUGUGUCGCUCGAGGAUUGGAGGCAAUCGUACAGCCGGUGUACAAUAUCAAUCGUCAACUCUACCUUCUGGCCACACAGAUCCCAUCUUCGAACAUCACGGCAGUCUCGGUGCGUGUUACUGUUCCGGAGAAGGUAGAAAUCGAGAAGAAGAACAUCGCGAGUAUGCUCUGGCCACUGACCAAACUCGGGCCAGAAGUCGAAGUGAAUAUCACUGGAGUUCCGGACGAUGUCGUCGAGUAUCUCGCUAGCCAGCAAAAUCUAAGCUCUCACAAGACCACGGCACUGACUGCGUGGCCAGAGAUCAAGGCGAAAGCAGAUGAUCUGGUUCAGCGAGUCCAGAAGGCGGGCAUAAAGCACACGGGCGUCCAGUUUCUUCCACGACUCCUUGCUGCGGCGUUCAGGAAUAGCGAUACGGAGCGCUACGAGUUUGACAGUUACAGUGAUUCUCGAAGUGGCGGUCAUGUCACUGCUCGGAUCGUCAGUGCCAUGACCAUCUAG